AUGGAAUCGAAGAACUUUAAUUUGACAAAUGUUCAUGGACACGUCACCGAUUCUGACAAUAGUGACGUAAAUGAUGACGCAAUUAGUUUUUCAGCACAACAUAAUGUAGAAGUAAAUACAAUUCAAUUGCACUCCACAGGGACUAACAAUAACGAACCACUUGCAAAUGAAACCUUGUGCACAGUCGAUGAAGCAUCGAUUACCAGAUCAGAUGAAAAUAUUUCGCGUGAAAUCAGUGAACCUAGCCCGGUUUCGAUUCAAUUAGGCCGUGGCAGAGAAACAAUGGCAACAAAUAAUGGCAUAAAUACAAACACACAAGCUUCGUCAGUUACGCUUGAGGCAUUAUAUAGUCUGAUGUCAAACGUGAGCGAGCAAUUAUCUGAUUUAAAGAUGAGUCACAACACAACGAACACAAAACUGGCGAAUCUAGAAGUCAGCCACAACACAACGAACACAAAACUGGCGAAUCUAGAAAUCAGCCACAACACAAUGAACACAAAACUGGCGAAUCUAGAAAUCAGCCACAACACAACGAACACAAAACUGGCGAAUCUAGAAAUCAGCCACAACAUGACAAACACAAAAUUGUCAAACAUGGAAAUAGGGUUCCAACAGCAGUUUUCAAGUGUAAACACGCAAUUUGAAAACAUACACAGACAUUUCGAUCAACGCUUAAAUAAACUCACCAAUGAAAUCGAUCAAAAGAUCGAAGACAAAGUCAUCAAAACCGUCAAUAGUGUAUACAAUGUAUUGGCAAAUGACUUAGAAAAGAAAUUGUCAGAUCUUACAAACAAACAGGAACAGGAACUGUCAGAAAUAGUAGAAACACACAAUCAAACACAAACCGUACAAAAAGAAAUACAUGAAAACGUACAGGCUAUUCAGUUAAAUUUAACAAGAGUACAGUCCGCAUGUGAAGAAAUACCUGACCAAGUUAAUAAAGUUAACGAAGAAGUCGGUUUUCUGAAACAGGAGACUCGACGUAUCAACGCGGACAUUAUCAAAAUAAAUGAAACUUUAGAAAACGGUAAUGUAAAUGAAUCAAUAACUGACCGGGAAACAAAACUUUUUGAAAAAUUAGGUAAUGAAAUCAAAGUAGCCGAGGACAGAAUACGCAAGGAAAUUGCUGGUAGACUGAAUGUUUCAAAUGACUUGCCUACGUCAAGCAACAGGCAGCGCGACACUUAUUCGCCCGUGCCAGAUUACGAUGUCAAUAACGCAGAACAUCACGCGCCCAGUCCGGCGUAUGUGCACGCACCGGCACAGGCAAACAAUGGCUAUUCGCCAAACGCGGUGCUGCAACAGGCAGUAGAAGAGCCGAGCACAAGUAAUCGGAAUGAAUAUUCCGGAACCAAUCAAAACAACGGUAACGGAUAUCAUUUUAAUGGCAGUGGACAAAACCCACACAGUUGGCAUCCGUAUGCAACAAGGCCAAAUAAUGGAACCUGGAAUUACGGAAAUCGGAGGAACUCGGCGCCACAGAGACGUGAAGACCGAAGGUACAGUACAGAUUACGGUCCACGCCGGUAUGGAAAUGAUAGAAAUCACGUGAAUGAUUGGUCAGGCCCGCGUGAUGAAAGGCGGCACACAAAUGAAAAUUACAAUAGUUACAGUAAUAGGAAUGAUAGACCAAGGAGGAAUAGCGACGGCCGGUCGCAAGAAAAUGUUGCACGCAGCGGUCCGGAAACUAAUUGGCGACAGAAUAACCACUCAGUACACUUUGUAGAGGUAACGGACAGUACUGAAGCAACGCCUUUGUCUCCCCCGGUAAACAACAAUCGGUCGUAA